UUAACCACCUCCUGGAGGUUCAGAUGAACUUCUUCAAUCUGAUCUCAAUUCCACAUGUCAGCAGAAACGAGUGACUGGUUAAAAUCUCUGACACACAAAGUUCUUUAUUCUUGAGGCGAGAGGACUCAAACCCUUCCGAUCGCAGACAUGAUUCAGUCCAAUUUAUUCAUUGUGAUGUCUAUCAUUGCUGUAAUUUCAUCACAGUCUGUAAGAGGGAAAGACUGCGUGUGCGAGUUACAAAAUUCUGAGUCUGCCUUUCCCGAGAGCAAACUCGUGAGAGUGGAAAUCACUGCGGUGGAAUGUUUAAGAAACAUCAGUUCAGAAAAGAGGACAGAGGUGGACAGGCUCGUGCUGGGUCUCCAACACCGUCUCAAACAACUGAAUGAGAAUGUGGCCAUGCUGGAAAAAGAAGACAAUGGAAAUCUUUACGGGGCGGUGUCUCUGCGCAUCAUUCAGUUAGAGUUAGCCGAGCUUCAGGAUCUUCUGGACAAACUCAGCAGAACCAACACCAAUAACCAGCAGCUCAGCACAGAGAUAGCAGAUCAGCUCCAAGAUAUGAAAAACACAAUGGAAGAGCUGGAGAGCUUCGAUAGCACAAUGGUGAUAUUGAAACAGCGUGAAAAUGAACGUAUCAAGAGGGACUUGAAACUGUGCGAGAAGGAGCUCAAUGCCACAACACCGCCCCCUACACCUUUCAUGGGCAACUGUGGUCUUGGUCAGAUGGUCAAUGUGUCAGGACCUAAAAUCUAUUCCCUCACGGUAUACGGGACCUCUUACAGUUUUGGCGCUUGGGGCAGGGAUGCAAAUCCAGCACCAGGAGACGAGAACAAGUACUGGCUGGUGGUGCUGUCCAGUAGUAAUGCGUAUGGCCACUAUGUUCGCCAAUACAAUAGUAUGAGUACGAUUUUAUUAGGCAUAGGACCUACAGAUAUACACAUAUCAAGCUCCAACCCCACAACUAACACAAUUCAGGGGCCAAACAUGGUCAUGUAUGAAAAUUCCCUUUACUAUAACUGUUACAACACGCUGAAUGUCUGUAAGUUUAAUAUGACGACUCGCUCUGUUACUAAUGUGGCGCUGCCUAGUGAUGCAGGUUUUAACAGCAAGUUUCCCUUUGCACAUCUUGGCACAACAUACGCCUAUACUGAUAUGGAUUUUGCCGCAGAUGAAUCUGGCGUGUAUGUUAUCUAUGCUACAACAAGCAACUUUGGAAAUGUAGUUAUCGGUAAAGUUGAGACUAGCACUCCACCUGUGUUGAAUCAAACAUGGUCAACAACUCUGCACAAAAAGACCGUCACAAACACUUUUAUGGUGUGCGGCGUGCUGUACGCCACCCGUUACUUGGACAAAGACACAGAGGAGAUCUUUUAUUCAUUCGAUACGAAAACCAACACAGAGCGCUACGAUUGGAGAAUUCACAUCAGGAAGAUGCAGGCAAAUAUUAAGUUUCUGAAUUAUGACUCCAGAGAUCAUCUGCUGUAUGUGUACAGUGAUGCCUACGUUCUUACAUAUGAUAUCAUGUUUCAGUAAAUGAAGUUGGUAUAAAAAAUAAACGUUGGAGAAAAUUAUUUCUCUUAAAUGUUUGUGAUUUGGGGGUUAUUAAAAUGACACCAUCAUCUAUACACAGUCAGUGACUUCCUGAUGGAUGAUGUACCCACACUGACCACUGUUGUUUGUAUGCAAUACUGCCAUUACACUUGGCAGUAAACAAUAAAAGCUUUUAUCAUGUGGACCUAA